CAAAGACUGACAAGCCCCGUCAUCCUCCUCAGCCGCAUGACAUCCGCGUGUAUUUACGUUCUCAACCGCCAUGUCACAUAACCUCGUUUACUUGUACUCACGUAAAUGCCCGGAAUCAGGGUGGGUCUACCCAAUGGCUAACCUUGGCAAUGUGGUUUACCAUCAUUCUGAGGAGCCUGAGGAGGACGUCAGGAUUGCAGAUAUUAAACAACGAUCAGAAAUAAGUGCAAAGAGGCGACCAACCAUACACUGGACGUACUCUAACGCUGUAGUAUUCUCCUUCCCUCUUGAUCUGUGCGACUAUGUAACAAUCGGGAUUUAUCACUUUUUGAGGCCGCUCAAACGUGGUCCUCAGAUAUUUUCAGUUUUGCAAGUCCAUAUAACAGCCACGACUCCCAUACCUAAAGAAGCAAACAUUUUGAAUUCAGAGAGGCGUUGUGUAUGGCCAGUUGAAACUGACGUUGGAUGGAUGGGUUGGGGGAGAAGAAGAGAUUGUUAAGGGUAAAAGACGAGCUGUGUGGUUAGUAUAGCACCUUUGUCG